UCAAAAAUAAUUUAAGUGUGCAUCAAAAACAACAACAACGACAAAGCAACCAGCCAGCGCUGUUAUGCAGUUUUAAGCGAAUUGUGGAUGCUAAAUUGAGUACCGUCAUCAGCGCCCAACGGGUAUGUCCACAGCCAAAAGGCUGGUACUCUCAUUACGCGGUCGCAAGCAUUCACAAGGCAAUACUGCGACAUCAUCGACACGUUUAGUAUCGGCUGGCACCUCCCCGGGACAUGAGCUGGACGAAAUAGCCGUUGUCUCGGGCACCGGAGGUUCCAGCCAUCAUUUAUCAUAUGGUGGUAUUGGCGUCGGUAUUGAUUUAAGUAAUGGUCCCCGUUACUCGACAGACUUACCACCAACUUCACCAAUUUCCGGUUAUUUUCAUAGUCACAAUGACGAGCAACGGAUCUUAGAUGUGGACGAGCCGGAAGCAAGUGGUCAAGCGACGAGGGUCAAAAGGCAACGUUACAGGGCAGAUAACAAGUGGAAGAAUGCAUAUAAAACGACAGAAAUAAUAACAACAUCAAGCACAAGGAAAGCAGGAAUAGCCGAUAGGGCUAACCGUGGAGCAACAGGAAGUGAAAAAAGCUCGACUAAAGUUCAAACAAUUAAAAGUAAAACUAAAAAGGUCAUAUUCAAAGCGAAAACCGCCUCAUUCAGACGCUUGAGAAUGAGCAAUAAUACCGGUGGUGGUGGUGGUGUUGUCAAUAGUGUGGGCAAGAGUGCUGGUGGUGGUCUUACUGGCAUUGGAAACAUUAGUGGUGCCUCCGCCUCUAAUACUAAUACGCAGCAUUUAUCUACACGCAAUUAUUUCUCACUCACUCGCCAGCCAUCGCAAAAGCCUCGUGCCAGCUAUCCAGAAAUAAUGCAGCCGCGUCUCUCAUUGAACGGCACUUUGCGGCAUUUAGUGCCAUCGCCACGUCCACUAUACCGCGAUCACAGUUCGCGCUCCAUACAACCACUCACAGCUAACGAGCAGCAAAUGGCCGAGUUGGAUGGCAGUUUCUAUGGCAAUACGUUGGGUUGCUUCAUCACUGGUGGCAGUAAAGGUGGCGGUAGUGGCGGCGGUGUUGGUGGUAGCAAUCGUAUGAGUUGCGGUGGUACUGCUACAGGUGGUAGUGGUGGUGGUGGUGAGAGUAAUACGGCUUUUCAUACAACAGAGUUAUCGAUAACACCGACACUAACGUGUGAUGAGCAAUAUAUCGAUUUGGGUAGUUUACGGCGCUUCUCAAUUGAUCGACAGAGUUUUCUCGAUCUCGGAUCGAAAUUUAGCAUGCCACAGCCGAAAUUCGGUCAGAGCGUCUCACAGCAAGGUUUCUUCACAUCACACGACAGCCUCGCCACACCAUGCGCAUCACGUGCCUCCAAUCCACAUGUGGCCACUGUAAGCACUGCCUCCGAAAUGGAUUUACUGCACAGCAGCAACAAACAACGUCGCAAAUCUCGCGGCCGCCUGAAAACUAUGUCUGGCGAACAACCGUUGCUCGAUUCAUGGCAACGUUCUGGAACGACGCGCGGUUCACAAGACAACACAUUAGCCGGCGGGUUGGCGGGGAGUAAUCAAUUUAGUGGGAAUUUUUGCAACGGCACUGAUAGAUAUCCCCGCUCACGUUCCGGUACCUCAACGACCACUGCCCCGCCGCAUAGCGGCCCCUCACAUUCGCAUCACUCAUCGCAUCCAUUACAUCAUUCGGCGUCGAUGUCGCAUGCGCAUCAUCAAUCGUCACAUCCAUCGCAUUUAUCAUCGACACAACAACAACAGUCCGCAUCCGCGUCACAUCAUCAGCAGCAACCACAUCGAACCGCCUCGCAACGAUUUCGUGCCGCCACUGCCUCGCGUAAAUUCCACUUUGUGUUCGAUCCAGCGGGGCGUCUAUGCUACUACUGGUCCAUGGUUGUAUCGCUGGCGUUCCUUUAUAAUUUCUGGGUGAUAAUCUAUCGUUUCGCCUUUCAAGAGAUCAAUCGCCGAACGAUUGCCAUUUGGUUUUGUCUCGAUUAUUUCUCCGAUUUCUUAUAUCUCAUAGAUAUAUUCUUUCAUUUUCGUACCGGUUAUCUAGAGGAUGGUGUAUUACAAACGGAUGCGACGAAAUUACGUCAACAUUAUAUGAAUUCGACAACAUUUUACAUUGACUGCCUAUGUUUGCUGCCAUUGGAUUUUUUAUAUCUAUCAAUCGGAUUCAAUUCAAUAUUACGUUCAUUUCGUUUGGUGAAAAUCUAUAGAUUUUGGGCAUUUAUGGAUCGUACCGAACGACAUACAAACUAUCCGAACUUAUUUCGUUCGACAGCGUUGAUACACUAUCUACUUGUGAUAUUCCAUUGGAACGGAUGUCUGUAUCAUAUUAUACAUAAGAACAAUGGAUUCGGUUCGAGAAAUUGGGUCUAUCAUGAUUCCGAAUCGGCCGAUGUAGUUAAACAAUAUUUACAAAGUUAUUAUUGGUGUACGUUAGCUUUAACGACGAUCGGGGAUUUGCCAAAGCCCAGAUCGAAAGGUGAAUACGUCUUUGUGAUAUUACAAUUGCUAUUCGGACUGAUGCUGUUCGCGACGGUAUUGGGUCAUGUGGCGAACAUUGUGACGUCGGUGAGUGCGGCACGUAAGGAGUUUCAAGCCAAACUGGAUGGCGUGAAAACGUAUAUGCGUAUGCGUCGUGUGCCCAAUCAUCUGCAGGUGAAAGUCAUUAAAUGGUUCGAUUACCUGUGGCUGACCCAAAAAUGUUCCGACGAGGAGCGAGCUGUAUCCUGUCUUCCUGAUAAAUUAAAGGCUGAAAUAGCAAUUAACGUCCAUUUAGAUACACUUAAGCGAGUUGAAAUUUUUCAAAAUACCGAAGCGGGUUUCCUAUGCGAAUUGGUGCUACGCCUGCGGCCGGUACUCUUCUCGCCCGGCGACUACAUUUGCCGAAAGGGCGAGGUUGGCAAGGAGAUGUAUAUAGUGAAUCGUGGCCGUUUGCAGGUGGUCGCCGACAAUGGCAAGACGGUGAUGGCUUCAUUGAAGGCAGGUUCCUAUUUUGGCGAGAUUAGUAUACUGAAUAUGGGCACAGCAGGUAAAGAACUUGGUAAUCGUCGCACUGCCUCAGUACGCUCGGUUGGCUAUAGUGAUCUCUUCGUAUUGAGCAAAAAGGAUAUGUGGGACGUGCUGAAGGAGUAUCCAGCGGCGCGUGUGCGACUCGAAUCGAUAGCGGUGAAACGUCUGGAGAAAUACAAAAAGGCUCCAUUAGAAAAAGUUGCCAUGGGACGCUGCCAAUCGACGCCCGGUUUGGUGGAGAGUUGUGGUCGUACAACGUUAGAGGAUAUGUGGCUGCCACCACCGGCAGCAUUGUCUUUUGCUCAGCAGCAGAAUUUUCAGCAGCAACAACAACAGCAGCCGCAAAGUGUAACUUACAGUCGCGCUCCUAGUCCCCGCUCAACCAUAACCUAUACAGAACGUAUUACACGCGCCACCGACUCACCCGGUUCGGUCAGUCCUAGUGUACAUAGUUCGGAUGAUCGGCCGCGUAGUCGUGCGACAUCGCAUCACUCAACCCGACCACAAUCGCAGCCCAGCAGGACAGGACAUAUCUGCGAUUCCAGUUCGCAUUUAGAAUGUUACGGUGGCGGUCUAUCCGUUGCCAGUGGUGGCAUCGGUGGUGGCGGCACAACACCAUUACUCGGUUCACAUGAAGCCUUAGAAGAUGAAAUCAAACGUUUACGUGAGCGCCUGCAUACAGUUGAAUCGGAAAAUCAAGCGCUAAAUACAAAACUAUCACAACAACAAUGGGAUUUGGAGAAUCGUUUGGCGGAAAUUGAAAUGCAAAUAUGUGGCGUCUCAUCGACAUCCAGCCUGGAUCCGGAGAAUGAGACCGAAGAGAUGGAGCGGAAUCGUGAGAGUAUCAUAUAACACGGGAGCGAGCUGCCCCAUCA